AUGGGGUCUAAUAACGAUCAGCCAGUGGUGUCAUGUGAAAAUAUUCACAAAACAUACCUUCUUGGCACUGAAGGAGUUCCUGCUCUUCGUGGUGUGGCAAUUGAUGUAAAACCGGGUGAGUUUCUCCUUGUUUAUGGUACAAGCGGUGGAGGAAAAAGUACAUUACUUAAUGUUCUUGGUACCAUUGAUUUGCCUACAAAAGGAAAUUUGUAUUUAUUUGAUACACGAAUUACGGAUCAAACCCCUGAUGCAGAUCUUGCACGCCUCAGGUGUCAACAAAUGGGGUUUGUUUUCCAAUCUUUCAAUCUUUUAUCUACAAUGGAUGCACUGGAUAAUGUUUCGCUUCCUAUGAUAAUAGCUGGCACACAUUCAGAGUUCGAAAUAAAAACAAGAGCAAAAGAACUUUUGGCUUCAGUUGGUCUCAGUAAUCGUUUGCACCAUUUUCCUUCAAUGUUAUCAGGUGGAGAACAGCAACGUGUAGCUAUAGCACGUGCACUUGCUAAUGAUCCAGAUAUAUUGUUUUUGGACGAACCAACAGGAGAUCUUGACACAAGGAACACCAAAUUAGUGAUGAAUAUUCUAACGAAACUAAAUUGUAAUAGUGGACUAACAAUGGUUAUGGUAACACAUGAUGUGUAUAUGAAGCCUUAUGCCCACCGUGUAUUAUAUGUCUCUGAUGGGAAGGUUCAAAAAACAGAAAUUGUCGAUCCAAGCCUUCGAGAAAAAGCAUUACAAAAACUAUGGAAAUCUGCUGAAAAUGUGGACACGAAAUGGAAUAAUAUAGGGCUUCCUAGACUCUUAUCUGAGGUACGUUCUCCUACUGAGUAUCCAACUACGGAUGCUCAAUGUGAUAUGUCUUUUGAAGAUGAUCCAGAGAUGCAACAUGUUGUGAGUGUUCUUUUUGCAGUUUAG